CCAGCAGAAGUUGUUUGUGUGACCAAGGACGGCCUCAUGUGAUUUGGAAGGAUUUCAAAGCUGAAACCACACUGUGGUUUGGUUCAGAGUCGCUUAGCAGGUGGACUAAAUCCUGAUUGAUUCUGAGACGAGAGUAAAAUGAUUUUUCUAAGACAGCUCCCUCUGUGUUGCAAUCUCCUCUUUUGUCUUCUCCUAGGUUGUGUGUCUGCAGAAAGCAUCAUAGCCACAGUGGGAGAAGAUGUUACUUUGAUAUGCAACUAUGAUGCUCAGUCCUACGGCAAGCUUCCUGCAUGCUGGGGUCGGGGAGCCAUCCCCAACAGGGGCUGUGCCGAGGAGGUGAUCAGGUCAGACGGGGCUUCAGUGAUCAACAGACUGUCGGAGCGCUACCUGCUCAGGGGUGAUGUUGGUGUGGGAGAUGUGUCGCUGACCAUCAGGCAGGUUGAGGAGGGCGACUCUGGGACCUAUGGCUGCCGUGUGGAAAUACCGGGCUGGUUCAAUGAUCACAAGCACCAGCUGACGCUGACGGUAGUGGCAGUACGCCCUAAUCCUCUGAAAGUGGAGACGAAAGAGGUGAAGGAAAGAACUGUCACUGUUCGCUGGGCUCCUGUGUUCGAUGGUGGCCGGCCCAUCACAGCCUACAGGAUUGAUCUAAAAGACAAACAGGCAUUUUGGGAUACUGCAGUGAGUACAGAAGUCUCAAAUCCUGAACUGACUCAGCUGACUUUGGUGGAUUUGCGUCCGGCCAAGCCCUACAACCUUCGAAUGUUUGCUAUCAACAGUGUGGGCAUGAGCGAGGCCAGCAAUGUUCUGACAGUCACAACUAAAGAAGCAGCACCAGAGGGUCCUCCCCUGGAUAUGCAGCUGGUGGCGUUCACCGCUCAUAGUAUCAAAGUCACUUGGAAGCCUCCGAGGCUCGAUCACAGAAACGGGGUUCUUCGGAGUUACAGCAUUAGCUACAGAGAGUAUGACUCUGUAGGCAGACAGUUCAAAAGGUGGCAGCACGUAAGUGUGACGGCCAUGCGGGAACUGGAGAGCGUCAUCCUGAACAACCUGAAGCCUUCGCACAAAUACGGCGUGAUAAUACAGGCCAAAACCAAUGCAGGACUAGGACCUGCCUCAACGGCACCUCUCUGCUCCACUCUGGAUGAGGUUCACAAAACGUCAACAGCUUCCACUUUCAAGUCUUCUUCCACUGCGGCCACAAGAUGGAUACAAGACACUUCGGCUCACACAACCUCAACAAUCAAGACUGUUACUGCUGCCACUGUUUGGGGAGAAAGCACCACAACUAUCACAUCAGUGGGCCCGGAUCCCCCAGUGAUUGAGUUAAAGGAGGUCAAAGACAAUACAAUCUCUCUUUUAUGGACUCCUGGGUUUGAAGGUGACAGCCCCAUCACUGGCUAUUACCUGGAGUGUAAAGCAGCGACCGCCUCGUGGGAUAACAUAAAGACACGUGUUGGUUUUAGCCCCAACCAGACAGAGGCCACAAUAAUAGAGAUAAAUCCCUCAACAUACAACAUCCGCAUGUUUGCCAAGAACACUCUGGGCACCAGUAAAGCCAGCAAUGUCAUCACCUACACCACCGGAGAAGCAGGUCACCAGAGAGUUGAUCUCCUUACCACCGUGUCUACUGACACUCAUGCUGCUGCGAGCGUUGAGGAGAGUCAAAGUGGUCACCUAGCAGCCAUCGUGGUGCCAGUGGUGCUGGUGGUGAUGAUUGUUGCCAUAGUAACCACGUGGCAGCUUCGAAGAAUAAAACAGAAAAAAGGCACCCUGAACAUGUGGCUGACCAAUGAAGUUCUACGUUACAGAGGCUCCGAGUCACUACAAGAGCUGUAACACGACGAGCUACUUCACAUUUUAGCCGACGACAAGACAAAUAUGCAGUAGCCUAGAUUACAUUUUACGUAAUUUGCAAA